AGAUCAUGUCCAUAAAAGAGGCAGUGGUUGUGUCCUACACAUAUUCUGUAUAUAGUUGAUGUGUUGAUUGAUGAUGAUGACCCUACUUUACACUUCUUCUAGUCGAUUUCUUGUACACAUCAAGACCCAUGGAUCUUCUUCUUCUCCUUCGUCUUCUUCUUCUCUUCUCACAAUAUACUUUCUAAGUUGAAAUCUAUCUAUCACACAGUAUAUAAGUUUCUUAAUGGAAGUUCAAAUGCGUAUAUCUUAUUUGGUAUAAGUUCCUCUUGUUUUACAUCUUUGGUCGGGUAUUCAGAGCACCCGAGUUGUAUUUCUUGAGUGCUUAGUUUGAGUUCGAAGCUCGAGAUUUCAGAAUUUCGGUUGGCAUUGCAUGAAUUUUCUGGUCUUGUAAUAAAGUUGCAGAUGCUUUAGCAAAGACAGCUCGAAAACAGAAUUUAUGUGAGAUAUGGUGGGGUUAUCCACCUAACUUAGUAAUUCCUUACAUAAAUCAUGAUGAAAUUGGGUUUGUUGGUAAAAGAACUGCCGGAUCAGGUGAUGGGCAUUGAAGGAUAAAACAUGCAUACAUGUUAAAGAAUCAAACAAAUAGAAGAAGGGGGGAAAAAAUGAAGUACAUGAAAAUUGGAACAAGACCAGACACUUUCUUUGCUGAAGAAGACACCAGGUCGGUGUUGUUUGAUUUACCAGUGGAUCUCGUUAUACAAAUUAACAACACUAAAUUUCUCCUUCAUAAGAUUCAGUUACUACCAAAAUGUGGUAUCCUGCGGCAAAUUUGUUCAGGUUCUGACGAUUCUAACGAAACUGAAGUUGAGCUCCACGAUAUUCCUGGUGGUGAAGAAGCUUUCGAGCUCUGUGCAAAAUUCUGCUACGGAGUUACUAUCAAUCUCAGUGCCCAUAAUCUUGUACCAGCGCUUUGUGCUGCAAAGUUCCUGAGGAUGACAGAGUCAAUCUGCAAAGCAAAUUUCGCAGCAAAACUUGAAGCUUUCUUCUAUUCAUGCAUUCUUGAAGGCUGGAAAGACUCCAUUGUAACGUUACAAACCACUACAGAAGUACCAGACUGGUCAGAAAAUUUAGGGAUUACUCGACGGUGCAUUGAUUCAAUUGUUGAGAAAAUUCUCAUACAUACAUCGAAGGUUACAUGGUCUUUUAAGUACACUAGACCAGGUUAUGCUGAUAAACAUCACCACACAGUUCCGAGAGAUUGGUGGACAGAGGACAUAUCUGACCUAGACAUUGAUCUUUUUCGAUGCAUAAUUACGGCCAUUCAAUCAAUAAAUAUACUCCCUUCAACACUUAUAGGUGAAGCAUUACAUGUAUAUGCCUAUAAAUGGCUACCUAAAAUUUCUUCAAAGAGUAGCAUUUCAGAAAGUUCAGUAUCUCAAACAGAAGAAAUGAUUCAGAAACAACGUAAAGUUCUUGAUUCAAUUGUGAGCAUGAUUCCAACAGAACGUGGGUCGGUUUCAGUUGGGUUCUUGCUGAAGUUACUUAGACUGGCAAGUUUAGUUGGGGCACAUCAUUCGACAAAAGCAGAACUUAUUAGAAAAUCAAGUAGGCAACUCGAAGACGCUACAGUUGAUGAUUUACUGAUUCCACCUCACUCAUCAUUGGAUCAGCAUUUUUACGAUAUAAACUUGGUUGGGGUGCUAUUGGAAAGUUUUUUGGCUCAAUGGCGGAGACAGGGUUCACAGGUAGAAAGUGAAUCUUUCAUUUCCAUAAGGAGAGUGGGAAAACUGAUUGAUUCUUACCUCCAAGUGGUUGCUAGGGAUGGCAACAUGCCAGUUUCAAAGAUUCUCUCACUUGCCGAGUCUUUACCGGAAAUUGCCCGUUUGGACCAUGAUGAAUUAUACAAAGCUAUCAACAUUUAUCUAAAGGAGCAUACAGAUAUAAGCAAAGAAGAUAAGAAACGACUCUGUAGAAUUCUUGACUGUCAGAAAUUGUCCCCGAAAGUGUGUGCUCAUGUAGUAAAAAACGAACGUCUACCCUUAAGAACAGUAGUACAAGUCUUAUUCUUUGAUCAAGAGAGAAACCCAAAAGUAACAAGUAGGAAACCACAACCUACUGAGACAAUACUUGAAAAUUUUGAACAACCAAAAUUGAUCCAAACUGAGUAUAACAAUAAGCCAGAAAAAGUUGCAGAUAAACAAAAUGGCCAAAGGACGUCAGAGGGAGAAGCAACUACAUCAACAACUGAGAUGAGAAGUCAUCAUCAGAUUAUGAGAAGGAAACAUGACAUUGGAGUUUUGCCAGGGUCAGAAAUUACGAAGGCAAUGAGGGAGAUGGCAAUUACUGAAGGAGCGUCUGUAAGUAAAUUGGAGUCUAAGAAGGAAACAGUAAGGAGAAGCAAAUCAGGAAAUCACGGACCCAGUAAAUCGGGAACUAAAUAGUAAGACCAGAAAAGACCACUGUUUCUCUGCUUAAUUCUAUUUGUCUUAAGCUGUAACUGUAAGUGAUAUACAGUAUAUACAGGAUUCGUGUUAAACAGCUGAAAUCCAGUUAAUAAAUGUUGGGGGUACUGGUGCACCAACUUCUGGUGAUAAGUCUUGCCGUAAUAGCCUUAGAGCUGUUUAUAUUGAGUUCAUAACUUCCGUUCAGUCUUA